AUGGACCCAUUUGCUAGAACACUAGCCAUUGAAACAUGGACUCUAUAUCUCUUUGGUAUUUGUAGCAUUCGUCUCCCGGGUACAUCGGUCGUGACAAGACAAAGGGCCUCGAGGCGCAUAGCCCGGAAAUCAUGGAAGAAAUUGCAAACGGAUGACUAUCUGAUGCUGGUCAUUCUGAUUACCUUUACCGGAGUCGUUGUCUCCGUGAACGAGACCGCACAACAUGGGAGUAACUAUAUACCCCCAGAGAAGGCACUUUCACUCACAGAGGAAGAGCGUGAGGAUGCCAUCUACGGGAGCAAGAUGACCUUCAUAUUGGAACAUUUCACAUUGGUCUCUCUGUGGCUAGUCAAGGCCUGCUUACUGAUCAUUUAUAAUCGCCUGACGUUGGGGUUGAGAGAACACCUAGCAGUGAAGGUACUUGCUGUUUACGUUGCAGCGUCCUUCGUUAUAGUCGAGAUUCUCUUCUGUACUGUUUGGUGUGGCCCGCCUAUCACCAUGUAUUGGGAUGUCCCGACCAAGGACCCGCAAUGUGCUACCUAUUAUGACCACUUGAUCACAACGAGUGCGUUCAACAUCUCAUCGGACCUGAUGAUGUUGUGUAUUCCAAUACCGCUUGUCCUGCGUUCGCGAAUCCCGCUCAAACGGCAAGAGAGUCUCGACCUAUCCUUGAGUCUAACUAUUGACAUAAUCCUCAUGGCAAUCCUCAAUCGAUAUGUUAACUUCACGGAAGAAUAUACCGCGAACUUCUUGCGAUGGUACGUCGCCGAAGUCGCCACGGCCGUCUACGUGGCCAAUGUGCCGCUGCUAUGGCCGCUUCUUCGAGAGCUCUUCAGCCUGAGCUCCUUCGCAAACUCGUACGGCAGACAAGGCGUGUCAUUCCCCAGCGGUCAUCGCACAACGAACACGCAUCACUCGCGGUUACGGUCACGAUUGAGUCACAUGGACGAAUCCAUGGAGUCUAUCGUGCAGCAUUCACAACCCGACCAUGAAAAAGGAGGAUUCAGAUCCCUCGACAGGGGCCUAGAGUUAUCGCCCAUUCAAGAACGGCAUUAUCACGCCACGGCCACAACGGAGGAUGUGGAGCACCCGGUGCAGAGGCAUGUUUCACAUCACACUAGUCAGUCUCUGUCGGGAAUUUUCCGGACGGUCGAGGUGGUGCAAACCAGGGAAUAA